CAGGCAUAAGAACUCAAAGACAGAUAAACACUUGAUGUUUAAUGUCAUGGCAUCCCAGCGGCUGAUUUUAAUCUCCAUGUCCACCCUGGUGUGGUUUCUAAUGCAAGCGGCUCCAUGCAGUGCCUUCACAGUGAAUUGCUCUGAGCCAAACCAACCUGCCCUUCUGAAGGCUCUGACUCCACUGUUUAACCUGAGCUCCAUACGACCUGUCAUGAACACAUCAACAAGUACCAACGUCAACAUUAGCUUCAUCAUUUAUGGAAUAUUAGGAGUGGAUGAAAAGUCUCAACUCUUGAUGACGUACCUUUGGCUCAAUUAUAGGUGGAUGAACGAGUUUGUCACCUGGGAUCCAACCCAGUGCGGCUCAGACAGGAUUGCUCUCCCCAGAAACAAAUUUUGGGUGCCAGAUAUUGUGAUCAAUGAAUUUAUGGAUGAAAACACGGCCCCUGAGGUUCCAUAUGUGUACUUACAUAGCGAUGGUUUGGUGCGCGACGCUCUACCGGCCAAAGUUGUGAGCUCCUGUAACCUUGAUAUUUAUACCUUCCCAUUCGACGUACAGAAUUGCACUUUCACCUUCAACUCCUACCUCCACUACGCGAGCGACAUAAAGAUUUUCCUGCACAGAACUGUACAAAGCAUUACAGAACGCUCCAAAAAUGUAAUGACCACAAUGGGAGAAUGGGAGCUGCUGGAUAUCACCUUCCACGAUUACCUGGACAAGCAUGGAGCGGAGUACAUCGAUGAGCUUGCAUUUCAUAUCAGAGUGAGGCGCCGAGCGACGCUAUACGUUGUGAAUCUGCUGAUUCCCAGCUGCUUCCUCAUCACGGUUGACCUCUUCAGUUUCCUGCUGCCUCCACAAAGUGUGGACAGAUCCUCCUUCAAGAUGACCCUCAUCCUGGGCUACACCGUCUUCCUGCUCAUCAUGAACGACCUGCUGCCCAUCACUGGAAACACUAUACCUCUCAUAAAUGUGUUCUUCUCUCUCUGCCUGGCUCUGAUGGUUGCCAGUCUACUGGAGACAAUCCUCAUCACCAACCUGCUGUGCGGCUCUGUCAAAGACUCUCCAGUUCCUCACUGGAUCCAAGUGCUCGUUCUUCAGAUUUUAGGUUUUCUUGUUUUCCUGCCACGCAAAGCUAAAAAUUCAGACAUGGAGCAAAAUGUUGCAGUGAUAAAGCUUGAUGCUGUUGUGGGACCUCUACGGGAGAAGGGGCCAGUGGUGGAGGACAGGGUCGUGCAGGAGCUGAGAAGCCUGGCCACGGACCUCCGGGCUCUCCGCCUCCAGGUGGAGCAGCAGCGGCUUGAUGGAAACCAAAGCUCGGAGGAUUGGAUCCAGUGCUGCCUGCUGAAAGUCAAGCCUUCUAAGCUUCUGUUCAUCUUCAUCUUUCUGCUCAUGCACGCAGGGAGCAGUUCCUCCAUGCUGAACUGCUCUGAACCCAACACACCAUCUCUACUGGAGGCGCUCAAACCAGUCUUCAAACUAAACUCCAUUCGACCAGUCAUGAAUUUGUCAACCGUAACUAAUGUCAGCAUUUCCUUCACCCUGUUUGCCAUUUUGGGUGUGGAUGAAAAGGCGCAGAUUUUCAAAACUUUUAUUUGGCAAUCUUUAAGAUGGAGAAAUGAGUUUGUCAGCUGGGAUCCAGAACAGUGUGGUACUUUCCGAAUUUCAGUUCCGAGGAAACUGCUCUGGGUACCUGAUGUGGUCAUUAAUGAGUUGUAAGUG